GUGUUGGCACCCCCAUGGGGCGCCUGGGCUCAGUCCUGGGCCCCCAACAUGGCGAGACACACGCCCUGCGGGGGAGCUGUCUUCUGCCAUCAACAUUUCACUUCUCUCCCCCUUAUCGCUACAGAAGUGUUUGGCGAGGAGUCUCUCCCACGCCUUCUGUGUCCACUCCUGUGUCUAGCGGGGACCCGGGAUGUUUCGGACAAUCUAUAAACAGGGCAGGAAGGAAGCUCUCCAGCAUGGCUGCUUAGCUGCCCCGUGGGGUCCUGGUCGCGCGAGGAGGCAGGGUGGUCUCGCGAGGCUGAGGCGCCCCUCUCUCCCCGCGGGGUCUUGGUCGCGCGAGGAGGCAGGGUGGUCUCGCGAGGCUGAGGCGCCCCUCUCUCCCCGCGGGGUCCUGGACGCGCGAGGAGGCAGGGUGGUCUCGCGAGGCGAAGGCGCACCCACUCCCCCACCCCCGCGGACCCGGGAGCGCGACCCGAUCCCGCGAGAAGAGCCCUAUGAGCGGCGCGCGGCUCCUGGCCGAGCCCUCUCCCCGCGGCAGCCGGCCGCUCCGCCAGACUCUCUGGUCCGCCAGGCGGAGCUGCGGGGCGACGCCCCGAGUCAGCGGGCUCACUGGUGGGGGAGACGCGCCCCGCGUCCCGGCCAGCCCCGCUAAGACACCAUGUUCGGCUGCUUCUCGCUCCGGCCCAGCUUCUUGUGGGCCUCUGGUGUAGAGAGGGUGCUAUGCCUGAGCCGGGCUGAGCUGCUCCGGGCAGGCAGGAGCUGAGGUGCCCUGCCCAUAUUGUAUCUGACCAGGACCCUGCUCUGCUCCUUGCUGUCACCGUCAUUGGGGCCACGCUGGUUUUCUUUGCCCUGAGGACCAUGAACUCAAGGAAGAAGCAGCGUAUCACCUUACUCGACCCUGAAACCAAGUACCCACUACCCUUGAUUGAGAAAGAGGAAAUCAACUAUAAUACCAGGAGGUUCCGCUUUGGAUUGCCAUCACCACACCAUGUUUUAGGGCUUCCUGUAGGUAACUAUGUUCACUUCAUGGCCAACAUUGAUGGUCAGUUGGUCACCAGGGCUUACACGCCUGUGUCCAGUGAUGAUGAUCACGGCUUUGUGGAUUUCAUUAUCAAGAUCUAUUUCAGAAACGUCCAUCCCAGAUAUCCAGAGGGGGGAAAGAUGACUCAGUACUUGGAGAGCAUGAAAAUCGGGGACACCAUCCUUUUUCGGGGGCCAACUGGGCGCCUAUUCUAUCAUGGUGCAGGGAGUCUGACAGUCAUGCCAUACAAACUGAGCCAGCCUGUAAAGAAACUGGUCCACCACCUGGGAAUGCUUGCUGGGGGCACAGGUAUCACACCUAUGCUGCAGCUCAUUCGCCACAUCACCAGGAAUUCCAGAGACAACACCACGAUGUCCCUCAUCUUUGCCAACAGGACAGAAGAGGAUAUCUUGGUGAGAAGUGAGCUUGAAGAAAUUGCCAGAACUCACCCCAAAAAGUUUAACCUUUGGUACACCUUGGACAAGUCUCCUGCUGGUUGGACUUACAGCUCUGGCUUGAUGACUGCCGACAUGAUCAAGGAGCACCUCCCUGCUCCCGGGACGUUGACGCUUAUCCUGGUGUGUGGCCCACCACCACUGAUCCACACAGUUGCUCUCCCGAACCUGGAUAAACUAGGUUAUACUAAGGACAUGAUCUUCAUCUACUAACAAUUCCCUUGUUCCUCACAAAUCUGCCGGGUCAUUUUUAUCUGUUUCAAAAUGAGUGCAACUUCUCCACGUUAAAUUGGGAUGUAUUCAGAAAUACUACAUAAAGCAUCUUGGACAUGC